AUGGAACACAAUAAUACCAUCCCAAAACUCUCUAACUCUGUGCUUGAACACCUGCCCCAGGCAGAUAUAUGCAAGGCCGCUUUGGAUCUGGCCUGGCGAGCGCUUCCCGAACCUAUUUUCAAUCAUGUUAUACGAACUUUUCUCCUCGCCCGAUGGCUCUCAGAGAAGGAGGGCAGCGAAUGGUGUCAGCCAAACAACCUCAGGCUAUUAUAUGUCGCCUGUAUUUGUCACGACCUUGGUACCAGCGAUCUAUAUAAUGGGAGCCAACGAUUUGAAAUUGAGGGUGCAGAUGCUGCGAAAGCUCACCUAUUAUCGCAUGGUAUAUCUGAAGAGUUGAGCCAUCAAGUCUGGAUAGCAAUCGCGCUGCACACCUCUCCAGGUAUUGCUGAGCGUAUCUAUCCGCUAUCCCGCCUGGUGCGAUAUGGAGUCAUGAUGGACUUCUCACUAGCUACCCGCCAGGCCAUGGGAGCUGUCGAAUAUUCGUCCGAGAUCGAGAGUCACUUACCACGACUUGAUAUUGAGAAAGUCCUUGGCGAUGCGGUUGUCCAUCAAUCAGAACAGUUAGACCAAUGUGACGGCUCUACGUUGCCCGACACCACGAAGCAUCCUAAGGCAAGCUGGCCAGGUAUACUUUUGCGAGCACACCUUGAUAACCCAAGUCAUCGUGGCGUCAAUCCAGCCUUUUAG